UUUGAACCAAAAUUGUUAUAAGUGGUACAUAAGAUAAUGACAAUUAUUAACCAACAAAACAAUUAAACAACCAUAGGAAAGACUUCUUUGAAAUGAAAUAUGAUUUUGACCCUUAAUUGUUUUUGGAACCAAAGAACAUACCGUAAGAAAGAAAAUGAAAAUGAAACGCGAGAGCGGCAUCCGAAUUUGGCAACUUUCUAAAAAGAUUUUACUCAUUUUAGAUUUCAAACAUUCGGCACACCAAGUCAAGACACCCAAGAGCCGAAAUAUAUAUAUCUCUUGCAAUUCUUCGUUCGUCAAGCAAGAGCAACCAACAAGUCAUCCGCCCCCCUGCCUCCCUCUCUUCCUCUGAGAUUGUAGCUAGCUAGGUAAUGGACGGAACCGUUGUGAGAAGGGUCAUUCCGUCGGACAAUUCUUGCCUCUUCAAUGCCGUUGGAUAUGUUAUGGACCAUAACAAAAAUAAAGCUCCUGAGCUUAGACAGGUUCUCAUCUGAUCUCUUUUGCUUUAUGCAUGCUUUGUUCCGGUGUUCCGUUUUUCACUUCAAUUGUUUCUUUGAAUGUUCACUUGAAUAAAACAGUACUGUUUGUUGGUUUUGAGUUGGCAUAAACUACCUCGUGAUGGUGUAUGCGCAUGUAAGAAGGUUUCUACAUGUGGGGAGGUGCCAUCGAGCUUGCAAUAUUGGCCGAUUAUUAUGGACGGGAAAUUGCAGCAUAUGACAUUCAAACCAGUCGAUGUGAUUUAUAUGGUCAGGACAAGAAGUACUCUGAAAGAGUGAUGCUUAUCUAUGAUGGUCUCCACUAUGAUGCUUUAGCUAUGUCACCAGUUGCGGAAGCUCCAGAGGAGUUUGAUCAGACCAUAUUUCUAGUCCACAGGGACAGGACAGUUGGGCCUGUUGAGGGGCUUGCUCUUAAUCUUGUUAAGGAUCAGCAAAGGAAGAGAAGCUAUACAGAUACUGCAAACUUCACCUUAAGGUGUGGUGUAUGCCAGAUCGGUGUUAUUGGUCAAAAGGAAGAUGUGGAGCAUGCACAAGCUACUGGGCAUGUCAACUUCCAAGAAUAUAAAUGACACAGAUUUCCAAAGGAGCCACUGAUAUACACCUGUGGAGCUCUGUUUCGAGACAAAUUUCUUUCAAUUUUCGCGGUAAGGAAAGCUGUUGUAGCUGAAUGGUCUGAAGUCAUGAUUUCAUCACAACUGGAUGUUCUUCGUGUUCUUUAAUACAUUUCAAGGAAACAGUGUGACGAAACAGUGAGUUUUCCCAGAAAGCAAUACGAAAUUCCCACUUGUAUACCAAAAGAAACCUUAGUCCAAGAUGCGAUGAAGCUAAAUGUUUAUCCUCUAGAGCAUUUACAACAAGAAGGGCUCGUACGCCCCCAGAAAGGAAUAAAUCUCUUGAUAAGGCUCUUACUGUUACAGGAAUUGGUACAUGAUCAAGCAAGUGCAUUUUUUUGGCUUGGGGGUGGGCGGGGCAUCCCUUAACGUCUAAAUCUUCUGCUUCAGUACAUGGCGCAGUUGGAGUUUCUGGCUCUGCAUCCUUGCUUCCAAUAGCUGCGACUUCAAACUGUGCUUCUGCACGCUGCCUCUCGGCCAUUCGAUACAUCCUUUCAUUCCUCUAGUUAUGUGGGGAUUCCCCGACUCGGGUGAUGAACUCCAUUGACCCACAAAGUCAGAAGGGCUAAAACUUCCUCCUCUAUCUUUGCCUGAGCCCCUGUCUGGUGAUACAACAAUCCCUGCACUUGAUUUACGUCCAUUAGAGAACCUACCAUUCAUUCCAUCAACUGAGAUAAUCUUGUAGUUCUCCCCAUUACUGCCUGACUUCCACAGCCUUGCAAUUGCUGAUGCCUUUUUAACCUGCCUAUUAUUCGGCAAAGAACAAAGCUCACUGAUUUCUUCUGCCAUAUGGGUAUCCUUGCAAAUGU